AGGCUGGAUUAACCUCCACCCGUACGAAUCCGCGUCAGUAUAUUUCUUUCACACGUAGCAACACAAUAGAGUUGUUUCUUAAGUCGUUUCGAGGAUUUCUGUUCAAGAAUUUUCUUCUUGAAUUUAGGCACCUUGCAGCUCCCCGUGCAGUCUGCCACGACACUGACAGAUCCUGGGCUGGACCGCCUUUGAUAAGCAUCCUAUGGUAUUUUGUUCAAGAUGGCGGUGGCGAGCAUGGAAAAGGACGCGAUAAACACAGAAGAUGAUCUUCACAUUAAUAACUCGUUUGGAGAUACUGGGCUUAUUUCCCCUGAUAAAGAAGACAUCGCUCGUAUUCUGACAGUUCCUUUUAGUGGACGGAUCAGAGGUGGGAUGAGGCCUGGGAAGAAAAUUAUUAUAAUGGGCAUCAUUGAUCCAGAGCCAGACAGCUUUGACAUCAGUUUGACCUGUGGCCACAAUGAGGAGAACGAUGAUGAAGACCUCACUGAUGUGGCCCUUAAACUCAGAGCAAGAUUCACUGAAAGGCAGUUCCUGAGGAAUGCACGGGUUUCUGGGAAAUGGAGUGAGGAAGAGACACCCAUAACUUACUUCCCCUUCAUUCCGGACCAGCCUUUUAGGAUUGAGAUCCAUUGUGAGCACCAGCGUUUUAGGAUCUUUGUGGAUGGACACCAGCUGUUUGACUUUUAUCACAAAGUAAAAUCUUUGCAAGCCAUUAAUAUGAUACGGAUAGUUGGGAGUCUUCAGAUCACCAAGCUGGGCUAACCAAGCACACCUGAGCACACGCCAGAAGGGACUUCUGACCAUCUGCACCUGUGCGUUUGCCGCAGCUCACACAAAGACAUCAACAACAUCUGCAUUUCCACUUCUCUUUUGCCCUCUAACCUCACAUUGUAAUGAUUUCUGAGGAUUGUAUCAUACCAGGUUUGGUGAAUGGUUGCAAUAUCAGAUGUGUGUUUUCCAGUAUCUUUGCUUCACAUUGUAGCUUAUUUGUUUAGCUUCAAUCAUUUUUCAGGGAUCACACACUUUGAUAUGCACUCUGUGGCAGUAACAUACAGUAUGCCACUGGGAUUUAGCUGCUCUCCAUAGACACUGCCAGUGUGCUUGUGCUUGUAGUCUAGCAGUGUAGGUUCGAAAUGAUCCAAAACUCAGGAAAUCGGAUAAAGUUGAUUUUACUUAAUUUCACUCUGAUGACAAAUUUGCUUUAAAUUAUUAUGAGUUACUCUGAAAUGCUUUGGCUGCUAGAAUAUAGGAGCUCAGAGUCCGCAUUUGCUGUUCCACCUGGGUUUGAUUUGUUAUUUAAUCUGAAUAAUUAAAAUAUUUUGGAAGGAAGAUGUCAUUUUAUCUCCAAAUUGUGUAGCGGGGUGUAUGGUAGACAUUUAAAUAGCAUACCUUUCCUGUCUCUGUUCAUUGCAACUACUCAUUUUGGGAGAUAUAGAAUAUGUUACACUAAAGUUUUGUAGAAUGUCACGAUGAGGAUUAUUUAAUUUGAGGUAGAGGAAGUUUUUAUUUUUGGAAAUUUGAUCAUCCAGUCAUUCUCCUCCAAGCCAGCACAGUAUUUAAUUACAACAGUAUAAUGUUAAAUCCUUGGCAACCAAACCAACACAGAUGUUUAAUUACAUUGUUUUCUCUGAGGAAUGACUUCAGUGCAGCAAUUUUGCAAAAAAUAACUCCGCUUAUCUGUUUACGCUUUAUUAUGAGCACCUCGUAAAAGUUGAAGGAGCAGAUAUAACAGGGCUGAAUUGUUUCUUGAAUGUACUGUCAUCCACUGAUAGGCUUCGUAAUAGCUUAGCUGUGGGUGUAAAGUGAGUGUCUCCUCCUCCUUCAUACUCCUUAUGUCACUCCUCUUAA